UAGCAUUGUGCACACUUAGUUUCAAAGUUUAUUUUCGAAUUUGAUUCAUUGAAGAAGAAAUGGCAAGCCACCAAUCAGGUCAGAAUAUUGGAUACCAGGCCGGCGAAUUGAGCGGCCAAGCUCAGGUGAAGAAGGAUGAGCUUCAGAACAAGGCAUCAGAUGCAUCCCAGGCUGUAAGGGACAAGGCAUCAGAUGCAUCUCAGGCUGCCCAAAACAAGGCAGGAGGUGCUUCUAGCACUGCCCAAGAUAUCAAGGAGCAAGCCUCCCACCUCCUUCAACAGACAGGAGAGCAAGUGAAAAGCAUGGCUCAGGGGGCAGCUGACGCAGUGAAGAACACUUUGGGAAUGAAUAACCCAAACAAUCCAAGCAACAAUCCAAGCAAUCCAAACAACCCUAGCAACCUUAGCCACCCAAGCAACCCAAACAACCCAAGGAUUUGAGGUGAAUGCUUUGUUCUAUGCUAACUUUGCCAGCAGAUUCAUCAACAGUUUCUAUGGAGAGAAUUUUGUGGGAUUAGCCAUUCUAUCUGGGAGUGGUUAUGUUUUCUUUCAUGAUAUGCAAAAUAGUGUAUCAAUUUUCCUAUUUUCUUUCCUUUUUUUUUUUUUCCUUUUGGUAAAUAAAACAUGCAUCCACUAUUCCUAGUUUCAUGUUAAGAGUGUUGUGAUGUAUUUACAAUUGAUUUCAAGUAAAUGAAUAAGCAAAAGAGAGAAUAGUUAUCUCUCAGCUAUUUAUAUA